AUGAUGUCCUCCGCCGCCGCCGCCGCGACGGCGUCCCUCCCUCGCGUCGCGACGCCGACGACGCCGCGUGCCGCGUCGUCCGCGACGCGCCGCGCGCGCGCCGCCGCCGCGCGCGCGCCGUCCCCGCGCGGAGGCGUCGGCGUAAGCCCCGCGAUCCGUCGUCGCCGCGCGACUGUCAUCGCGUCCGCCGCCUCCUCCUCCUCGAGCGACUCCUCCGACGCCGCCGCGGACCUCGCGAGCGGGACGACGCACGCGGAGUACGUCGCGUCCGUCGCCGGCGUGCGCGCGCCGAGCGAGCUCGGCGCGCUCGUCGCCGUCCUCGCCGCGCAGGGGCGCGCGAUCGUCGCUCCGUCGGAGCGCGCGGGGCUCCAUCCGCGCUGCGUCCCGCUCGCGCGCGAUCCCGACACCGGGCACACGACGUGCCUCCACGUCACCGUCCCGUUCGACGGCGCGCGCGCGGAGCUCGAGGUGGUCUCGUGCGUCGGCGGCGGCGACGUGUCGAUGACGCUCCUCGCGAAGACGGCGAAGGAGGCGCGUCCUCCUUCUUACGUCCACCGCGCGAUCGUGGAGGAGGAGAAGGCGUCCGCGGACGCGGGAGUCGCCGUCGCCGCCGUCGCCGCCGCCGCCGGGACGACGGGGCUCGCUAUGCACGACCCGGGAUCGUUCGUCACGCUCGGGAAGGAGCUCCCGGUGUACCUCACGCUCAGGGUGGGGAAGUUCCCGGACGCGAUGGAGGCGCUGGCGAAGAAGCACGUGGAGAAGGGCGACGAGCAGAGCGCGCUGGUGACGUGCGAUCUGUACAAGGCGUCGUUCGAGGGGUGGGGCCGGCCGCACUGGUACCUGUCGCGGAUAUACGCGGACCUCGGAAGAGACGAGGAGGCGAGGGACGCCGCGCGGUUCGCGGUGACGGACUGCGAUUGGUCGACGAUCGGGCCGGAGACGGAUUUCGCGGACGUGUUGGAGCGGUGCGGCUGGGCCGGGAAGUCGGUGGCGGAGAUCAAGGCGAUUUGCGAGACGCGGCGAGGCCCCGCGGCGUCGUCGUUCGACGGCCCGAAGACGGAUGCGCAAGUCGCGGAGGAGGAGGCGGCGGCGUUGUUAGACCAGGUCGUCGCGGGGGAGAAGGCGCUCGGGGAGAUCACGCAGCGGCUCGCGGAGUGUUACAUGAACGCGGAGCGAGGGAGCCUCGCGAAGCUCGUCAUGUGCGCGUCCGCGCCGAAGUUGUGA